CGCGAUCCCCUCUCUCAGGUGCCUGGGCCGUGGUAUACCAAAUGGACCUCGCUCGUAAUAAAAUACCACUGGCUAAAGGGCAAUCGAGCGCGAUAUCAGCAUGAACUGCAUCUCAAAUAUGGGCCUCUUGUUCGCCUCACCCCCAACGAAGUGUCCGUCACCAACAUCGAAGCCGUCAAGAAAAUCUACAACGCCAGAGAGACAUACCUCAAAACAUCCUGGUAUGGCGACUUAUCCGUCACAACCGAAAACCUCUUCAACACCACCCGCGUCGAGGUGCAUCGAAGACUGCGAAGGCUUCUCUCAAGCUCCAUGUCCGAAACAUCACUGCAGAUGGCUAUCCCGCAGGUCCAGUUCAAGAUCGACCUUGCGAUACAAAGAAUGGGCGAGGAAAUGGAAAGAAGAGGCGCUGCAGAUGUCAUCAAAUGGUUUCUAUUUAUGGCAACAGAUAUCAUUGGAGAGCUCUCCUUUGGCGACUCCUUCAGGACGUUGGAGAUUGGCGAGAAGAGCGGCUACACAAAGGACCUGGAGAACUUGGGAUACCUUGGUGCUGUGCGCUCGGCUUUCCCGACGUUUAUCGCAAUGGCAAAAUACCUACCCAUUCCGUUCUUCACACGCCCACUCCAGGCAACGAGGAACAUGAUUCGUUAUUCGGAAGAGUCCAUCGCUCGGUACAGGAAUCUUCUAGACUCUGACCCAACGAGCGUCAAAUGGACUCUGUUUACCAAAGUCUUCAAAGACACCGACAAAGACGCUUUUACACCGGUGGAGCUCAGAGCCAACGCAUCGGGGUACAUUGUUGCCGGCAGCGACUCCACAGCCGUGACACUGACAUACCUUGUCUGGUCCGUUUGUAGCAACCCGAAAGUCAAGGCCACUCUCCUAGAGGAGCUGCAAACCCUCCCGACUGACUUCAAUGCGUCCCACCUUCGUGACUUGAGUUACCUGAAUCAGGUGAUUGACGAGACGCUGCGUUUGUACUCUGGCAUUCAAUCAUCCCUGCCUCGAUACGUGCCCGAAGGCGGCGACGACAUUGCCGGAUACUGGCUGCCUGGAGGCACGAGCAUCUGCGCUCAGGCAUACAGCAUGCACCGCAUUGUCAGUGUAUUUCCGAAUCCGGAUGUCUUUGACCCGUCACGAUGGGCAUCGCCAACAAGGGAGAUGAAAGAUUCCUUUAUGCCCUUUGGCAACGGAGCACGAAUUUGUAUCGGACUACAUCUUGCCCGGAUUGAGCUGCGCUAUGCGACUGCGCGUUUCUUUUUGACGUAUCCGGAGGCUAAAGUGUCGACGCUAGAAGGAUUCAGCGAUGAGGACAUGGUUCCAAAGGUGUUCUUUUUUGAAGAGCCAACGGCCAAAAGAUGCCUCAUUCAGAGAUAUUGA